UCUCAUAUAAAGAGAAGACGGACAGUAGACAGAAGCAUCAGUCAAAGAAAAGAUAUUGGUCAUGUUGGUGACAAUUCUACCAUUUUUUCUAGCUGCAAAUGUCACCGUUGACGAUCAACAGUCCAAAUGGAUGAUAUACGGUCCGGAAUGCACCUAUGACGUUCUUGUAAAUAUGUCCCUAGCCAAUAUUGUUCACGAGAACGAUAAUUUCUGCUCCAUAAUUGCCACUGAGCUCAAAUGCCGACCCAAGGGAUACGAUACUCUUAACUGUCACUUCCAGAAUUCGCGAAUCAAACGUCCCGAUCCGAAGGACAGUAGAUGUUCAAAUGCGAAAGACUUUGUGCCCACAAGAUACAAAUUUGUGGGUGAGGAACCUUUUGAAAUCAGAUUUAAUCCAAGAGGUAUCGAGAAUUUGGUGGUCUACAGAUCGAUUCCCAGAUGGAGGCUUGAUAUGAUUAAAGUUAUAGUAAGUCAAUUGAAUAUCGGGUUUGAGGUGCAGGAACAUCGCAACAGGUUUAUUAUAAUGGAAAAUUCGACAAUGGGUCACUGUGAGGUCGAUGUUAAAAUCUCUCGCGGUGAUCCGGAUUCUGAGGAGGACGCUGAUUCUGCUGAGAAAAAUGACAAUUUCGAAAUCGGAUUUUUGUCGAGCGAUGAAUUCGCGCAUCUUAUGGCUGAAAGGUUUCGGGUGAAGAAAACGCGACAGCUAAAAAAAUGUCCACAAAAAACAAUAUAUUUUUUCGGAAAUCAUGAGGAUUAUAGUCGUGGCGAUGGAGAAUUUUACAUGGAUAUGACUACUUCUGCGAGUCUCAUUAUGAUUUCAAAGGAAAAAUUCGUAUCCUAUACAAUAUCGGAAGGUGUAAUGAAAACUGCAAACAAAUCACGAAUUAUGCGACCUCACCAGAAUAUAAGUCUAAAAUUAAAGCGAAUAGAUCUUGCUCAAUCAUUAAUACCGGAGAUACAAAAUCCAGCUUCAACGAGUUUAUUCGCCUUUUCUAAUCUGAAAACUAUCCCAAAAGACAUAAAAAAUUCAUAAAAAAUAAAAGAAAUCAUCUAUUAAA